AUGCUUGCUCGGCUUGUACUGCAGGUCUGGAGAACGCUCCCCAGGGAUGAAGCGGUAGCCCUAAAGCUUUCGGUUAUCACUACACCAGUCCCUGCUCUGCACCUCCGCGAGCACUACCGCCCCCCCAACGUGGGAGAGGCAAGUUUGCGUCCUCCCGGACCCGGUUCCCGAGUGGCCAGCAACGGGCCUCUGGGGGAGGGGGUCUGCACGGGUCGCGAGAGCGGGGCCAUGGAGCCGGGGGAGUCGGGGAAGGCUCCUGUGACUUUUGAUGAUAUAACACUGCACUUGCUCCAGGAGGAAUGGAUGCUGCUGAGUCAGCAGAAGGACUUACGUGUUUCUGACAAGUUGAUGGCCCCUCUAGGACCAACUCCUGCCAAUCCUGAACUGUUCUGUGGGUUUGGGCAAGGGAAUGAGACAUGGCUAGACAACAUCCAGGGCCAGAGGAGUCUGAACCAUCACCCUGGAAAAGCUCAGGUGGGUUACAUGGAAGAAAUGGACAUGCAGGGUCCUGCCAAGGAGAGUGGAUGGUACCCACCACCUCAGAAGAAAGUUUGCCUUGCCCGCUGCAGUACAGAGAGUGGCACCGUUGAGGGAGACUGGAUGGGAAGAAACAAGAAACCCCCAAAGCCUCAGUCUAUCCAGAAGUCAUGGUUUACCCAAUUUCCCUGGUUGAUCAUGAAUGAGGAACGGACAGCUCUGUUUUGCUCUGCCUGCCAAGAAUACCCAUCUGUCAGGGACAAGCGGUCAAGAUUAAUAGAAGGCUACACAGGGACAUUCAAGGUGGACACUCUCAAAUACCAUGCCAAGAGCAAAGCCCACAUGUCCUGUGUCAAUGCCUUGGCUGCCAGGGACCUCGUCUGGGCAACCCAUCUCCAGAGCAUCAGGGAGCGUUCUGCAGAGGACCCAGACAGUCCUGAGCCCCUCUUCACUGCACACUAACCCAUGUUCUAUCCCCCGGAGUCUCUGAGAGACUUUGAUGGUGGGGCCAAGCUUCUGUCACCGCCAGGAGCUGAACUGGAGGACCCUGUGAGGAGUAGAGCCGUGCCUGCGUUGUAUCUAGACUGCAUGUCAGAUUUGAGACAAACAGGACGUGCUGGUGACAUCCUCGGUCACUCAGGCAACAGCAUGCUAUGCCAGGACACUCUUGAAUUCUGCAGCCAGGUAAUGUGUUUGUAGUGAUUUCUGUAUCUUAAAAAGAACGGGUACAUACUGAAAGUGAUGUAUUGUGGGAAUGGCUUUUCUGAGAGUGCUCCCUGUUAAAAAUGGGAAUCUUACCUAACCUUGUAAACAAAGUUAAUCUGACAUUUUGAGAUUGCUUAACACUCUGUUUAUGGUGUAAACAAUCUUAAUAGUCCUUGGGCUCCUCUUAUAAACUGAA